AAACAGAAAGUGAGCCAGUUAGCCAACGGUGGUCGAUCCAAGCAGUCAGAAGUUUCAAUUGAGAUCGUUAAAAUAAACGAUGGCCAUGAGGGGAUAUAGCCUAUGUGUCUUUCUGAUAACAGCAAUCGUUGUCAGCCAGCUGGACAGUAGUUGGGCCAUACAAUGCUAUAACUGCACUUCGCCGUUUACUUCCGCUGAAAGCUGUCUAAUGAACCCAACUACCCAAACUUCUUCGCAAAGUAAUUGCACUGAGUGUUUCACCUCCAUAAACACAGAUGGAACUUUUACACGUGGCUGCUUGGACAGUGGUACACCCUGCGCUUUGCCCUCCUGUAUGUCCUGCAACGGGGAACACUGCAAUACGAAUCGCGUGUGCCAGCAAUGUCUCGGCUCAGAGGAUUGCGCUACGACCAGUGUAAACGCUACGAAAUACAGUGCGGUCUGCUCCAACGAUAGCCAGGUGUGCGUCAACCAGGUGAAUGACAACCAGACGGUGACACGUCAGUGUGGCAACGCAUGCGCCAGCGGUUUGGAUGCCUCCAAAUGCUCCUCCUGCACAGCGUCUCUGUGCAACGGGGGAUACUUUCCCGAGAGUCGUCGACAGUGCUAUACUUGCUCGGGAGAGGGUUGCGAUACGGCUGCGGAAUCAAUGAUCGGAGGAUGUACUCAAAUCGAUGCCAAGUGCUUCACCACCGGAACGUCUGCGACCAACAUGACCCGUGGCUGCACAUCGAAUACCACGGGAAUCACUUGUGCGGCUAAUAGCACCGAUCCCAGUUGCCUCAUCUGCGACUCCAACUCGUGCAACUCUCUGCAGUACGAAAGGGACGCCGGAUCCUGUAUGGUUUGCGACAACUGUCCGGCGACACCGGAGGCGGAUAAGAAAAAGUCCUGUGGCCAGGCCCUUUACAACCAGACGACCGGAUGCUACACGGUGACUACGGGCAGCACAGUAAAUCGAGGAUGCUUAAACAAUUUGGUCGGCGAGUGCUCUGUGACCAAUUCCUGCACUUCCUGCUCGGAAACGGACUGCAAUGUGGGCGCCGUGGACAUCGCAUUCCAGUGCAUCGCAUGCAUCUCGAAUGAGGUUUCCGACUGCUGGUCAGCCAAAGAUCCGAACAGUCUGCCUGUUGUGGACUGCGCCAGCGGAACCUGCUUCAGCGGAGUUUGGAAUGGACUUGGCGUUCGAGACUGCUUUAGCUCCGCUAGCCAAUUGAUGCAGUACCAGUGCAAUGCCAAUUUGGAGGCUCAUCAGUGCACUUUGUGCACCACGCCCACCAAGUGCAACAAUAAGGCAUUCAACGCAGCCGCCUCCCUCAACCAGAUGGGCUUGAUCGGACUGCUGACGGCCUUAGUGAUCGCACUUCGCAGUACCCUGUAAUCCUGGAACUUCAGAGUUAGUUCCCUAAUCUAUCCCAGUUAUCAGGAUGUGGCUAAGUCUAAGUAAUGCUGGAUAAUACAGAGCAGCAGACAGAAAUAAAAGAAACAUAACAAAAAUUACUAAAGCUAAUUAAGAAUACUUUUAUAAUCCAAAAUAAAACAUCUGUAAAUAA